UCACAGGAAGAGUCUGAUGUUGGAAACAGCUGGACUCCCACAGGACGAAAACAUAAAGAUCCUUCGGAAGAAACGGGACGUCACAUGUAGAACUGUUGCACGUGCAGCAGGUGGAAUAUCUCGGAGGCAAAUUCAAUCUGGUUUGUUGUUGUUGUUUUCUUUUUUUACCUUCUGCAGUCAGGAAAAGUCACUUUUGCGGACCCAGUGAUGGAAUGACUUGCGCGCUCUGACAAGCUUGUGCGCACACUUCGGUGCGCAUGGAAACAACGACUACAACGUGCAAGUCAGCCAAAAUGAUGAUCAACUUUUUCCUCCGUUCCCUAUUUCAAGUCGCAGCCCUUCUAACGGUUUUAAAAGCUGCUGAAGGCCAGAAACAUCCAGGUGACUCUGGGAUCUUCUCCCUUCCAUCUCCAGUUUAUCCCGUCAUCAACUUCCAGGUCCUCAACGUGGAUCAUGUGUUCCUCAGACAGGAGGGUGCAGAGUUGUCUGGGAACUCCAGUCUAAAAGCACAAACUCAGACUUUUCUCAUCACCAGCCCAGAAGCUAAAGUCAUCCAGCCAACCAUCAAGGCUUCUUACGGCCCUCUUGCCGUAGAUGCGUCCAUACCCGCGGAGCUGCUCCUGAGUGGACGCAGAAUCAUUCCUGUCAUUUUGGCCCGCCAGGUUCGUUCCUCGUCCCCUCUUGUUAAGAUUCUCUUCCACAUGCCCUCAGAAAGCAACAUCUCUGUUGGGGAAGGAGCAGCAGGCUCUAAAGGAGAUGAGAUGAAAAAUGGUGGGUCCAGCGCCAAGGAAAGAGCUCACUGUGUGACAGCCUACGCCUUCUGGGAGACAAAGGAAGUUCGUGGGGCUUGCUUGCUAUCUCCAGGCGGAUUCUGCGUGGCGCAGCUGAAGCUGGAGCCCUCCUGGUUCAACUCAGCCAGCAGAUCUGGAAGCUCCAGCAGGGAAGCAGGACGAACUGAAGAAAUGAAGGGGCUUCAGGAGACUCUAGUUGAAGUCUACUUUCAGAGCAGAAGAGACCCAACGGGUCAGUGCGCGCCCCAGGACAGCCUGCAGCGAGUUGGAGUGGGAAGAAGCAGAGACUCUGGGGGGUCUGGGACGCCUAUGAGGCGGAUUGGAAGUGUCACUCUGCUCAAAGCUCCAGGAGGAAACCCCACUUUUCUCCGACUGAGGUUGGGAGGUUCUGUUGUGAUCCAAACAUCCUCCAAGCCUAUAAAAGCCACAGAUGUGGCAACUUUCUACAUUUUCUUGACCAGUACAUCUACGUUGGAAAAUUUUACACUCAGGGCGGCGGUAAAAAGUGGGCUGUCCUUCAGUGCAGCUCGGCCCAGUGACCCAACGCUGUGGGACGUUGUGGUGGAGCCAGGCAGAGGAGCCACCCCCAACAACGUCUCUGUUGUUUGCCACAGGAAGGCGUCAGUCUCUGCAAAAAGGGGUCUCCUGGAGGUUUUACAGCUGGACUUUUCACCAAAAGACAUUUCAGACCAGGCAGAGAGUCAUAGCAUCUCUUGGCGCCUGGAGUUGCCAGAGAAUGUCAAAGACGUCGGCAUCAUUAGGAUCUACACCACCCAAAGAGAUUACAUGGGGCUGGCACCCUUGGUGAUGACCACAGAUAUCCUGAACACAGCCGUGCUGACGGGUAAAAUGGUCUCAGUUCCAGUGAAAACUCUGGCCGUAGACGUGGAUGGUUCUGUCAGUGAUGUGACAAACUACACCAGCUGUAAGUCUACCGCAGAGGAUGUGCUCAAGGUGUCAGAGCGGUGCAACUUCAUUUACGUAAACGGCAAGGAGGCAAGGGGAAGAACCAGGGCAAUGGUCAACUUUACUUAUGCUUUUCUGAGUGCGCAGCUGGAAAUGAGUGUAUGGAUGCCCCGCUUGCCCUUGCUUAUUGAUGUGGCCGACCCUGAGCUUAGCCAGAUCAAAGGCUGGAGGGUUCCCGUUACCACUGGCAACCGGAGGUCUACAUGGGACAGUGAGGAGGACGAGGAGAUGAGGAAGGGCAGAGGUUGCAUGCUGCAGUAUCAGCACUCCACGUUGAGGGUGCUCACUCCCUUCAUAGUUCAGCCUGACCCUGAGGUGCUCCUGGACGCUCUUAAUGGGAUGGAUGCUGUUGAGUAUUUCUUGGGUUCGGACUGGAAGGUGGACGUGACUAAUCUUGUUCGGGAUUCUCUAAAAGCAGCAGAUCCUGAUGUGGCCAGAGUGCUUGAUGGGAUGGUCCUGCAAGGACGGGGCGUUGGUACUACUGUGGUGCAGGUGGUGUCUCCCCUGACGUUGUCAGUCUUAGCAGAGAGAACCAUCAAGGUGUUGGAUGACAAAGUGAGCGUGACAGAACUCGGGGUACAGUUGGUGUCCGGUCUGUCUCUGUCCCUUCAGCUCAGCCCCGGGAGCAACAGGGCUGUGAUUGCCACGGCGGCCACGCGUGAGAUGAUCACACAGAUCAAGCAAGAAGCUCUGAUCAGCUGCUGGGUUCAGUUCAGUGACGGGGCUGUUACUCCGUUGGAGCUGUUUGACCGGAGCGUCUACUCUCUAACAGUCUCUACCUCAGAUGAGAGAGUGGCCACAGUACGCCGGACUCCCCAGUCCACGUUUGUGGUAGCUCAAAGUGAAAGUGAAGGUCGGGGGAAGCUAGUGAAGGUGGAGCUGAGAAUCUGUGAGGAGUGUCAGAAGUCUAAGAGGAAAAGUAAGCUGGCAGUGGGUGCAGGGCUUCUAAAGACCAGUUUCCAGAGCGGCAGAGCUUUUCCAGGAGAAGGAGGCUCUCAAAAGCAAAAAAAUGUGGAUGGUAGUAAACCAAAAGUAGUGAACAGUGGCAUCAAAACAACAGUGGUGUCCCAAAAUACUGUUAAGGAUAAAAGGUUGCUCAGAGGUACAGCAUUGGUUCAGCUGUCUGGUGGGACAGAAACUACAACUUCAACCACUUUCUCGACCAAUUAUGUUCAUGCCGUUUGGGUUGGUCCCAGUAAAGCUACCACAGGAACGUCCUUUGGUGACAUGAGCCGAGGUAUCCCAACAACUAUGAGCAAACUAGGAUUAAAUACACAAUGGUACACUGCCAAACCAACAAUGAAUGUGCUUGAUCAAGCUGAAGGGAAGAAAAACAACUAUGGAAACAUGUUUGACAACGUCAAUUUACAGACUAACAAUGACAACCCCAAUGCAGAAAUACCUAAGAAGGAGCCACCCAAAUCCAAACCACCGAAACUGUUUGAAGGAGACCUCAUUAGGACAUUCAAAGCCAUGUCAGACAUGGAGAUUGGUAUGUAUGCCUUGGUGGGGGUCUCCUGCAUAGCCAUCUUGGCUUUUUUGCUGAACUGUGCUUCAUAUAAUCUCUGUUUUCGUAAAAGUAAGACUCCUAUACAGACAACUCCAGCUCCCAGCACAGACCCAAAAGAACACAAGCAUGACUGGGUUUGGUUGGGGGGCGGCAGUCAGAGGAGCAGCAGUCCUGCACAGGAUGUGCCUGCUCAAGUGUCCACACUAAAACGCGAACCUCCUUGCCCUUUGGAAUCGCACCAUUCUAUAGAUUCCAUGGGUCAUUCCAGUAUAGAGAACACCUUGCCCACUGUGAGUGCCCCAGCAGUUCCAGAGAGGACUGCAACACUGGGACGCAGCAGGACUAGCUCCCAGCAACAUCAGUAUCAAGGCAAGGCAGUCAACCCUAUGGCAAUCCGUUCCGCCACCUUGCUUGCAAGGCCGCAUCGCAGCGAGCCGCUCCAUUCCCCUACCAGCAAGAGAAAUCAGGUCCAGUUCACUACCUUUACCACCCUGGACAUCAAGCACCUGACAGCACUAAAGAAGAAUGGUGUGGACUUAAACUGGGCCAAUCAACAAGCGCAGCAGCAACAGGCCACCGCUGAACCCAAUACGCCAUUACCUGACAUGCCGUGGCCUGUAGUGAAACCAUUGGGAGAGCCUCAUUGAAUUUACUAAACUGUCAAUUUGUGUCUAUAUGUAAUUAGCCCUUGUGCUAUCGGCACUUUGACAUUGGGAGUUGGGUCAUCUAGACCCCACAAGACAGUGCACUAAACCCUUUUUCUUCAAUGAUUUGUGAUCUUCACUGGUUUCCAUGGAUUACAUGAAAUCCUCUCCACCUUUAUCCACCUUUGUCACGGUAGGGAUAGCGCGUCAAUGGUCAUCUUGACCCCAUUGGAUUGCACAAGGGUUACGACAGAAAGAAUUUUCACAACUGUGGACAUUCUGCUGCUGAAUGUUUCAAAGAAAAUAAGCAAUUUUGAUGGAAGUUAAGAAACACUGACUGUAAAUGUAUGAAGGACAAUUUAUAUCUGAAAAGAUGUGCUGUCAGUACAAAUUGCUAAAGUUUUUAUUAAAAAAUGUAAUUUUUUAGUUUAAACAUCUAUUUUAAGUGGUGUACUACAUUAUACAUUUUAUGGGAAAACGUGUCCUAUUCUACUUUAGUACAACUGUAUUUUUUCCUGUAUGACCUGCUAAAUAUUUUGCUAGCCAUUAUUCUGGUAAUUUCCUUGCAUUUUUUUCUGAUCUUUUGUGUGCGGGACUUUUUUUCAGCAAAAACGUGAGAACUCUUAACACGCUGUCAGACAAUUUAUAAUUUUAAAAAAGCCUCUCGAAAAGUUCCUAGCCACUGUCCUCCACAUGUAAUUCAAUUCUGAUUCAUGCUAUGCACAAGUUGAAAUGGACGAUCCAUUGAAGUGUCUUGGGUUUUUCCUUACAGAAACAGUUUGUAUGACAUUAAUACAUGUUCAUCUGCAAAAUAUUAGACACUAAUAAUUUUUCUAUGCAAAACACUCUGAUUUCUAAACCAAAUGUUAUGUUUAUUUCCUAUUUGUGUCAACUAAUAAAGACAAAUAUAU